AUGAUUUCUCCCUCCUCCAUCCUCUGCGGUCGUUGCGCCGUCUCCGUCGCGCGAUCUUACUCCCGCAGCGGCCGGUUGUUCCUCGACGACGCUGUCGUCUCUUCCUCUGCUUGGUUGUUCGCCUGGAAGGGAGGAUGCUCAUUUCCUGCUGUCGAUAACAAUGCGAUCGUCAGAGGACUCUUCCUGUCCGCGUCCCCGUGUCGGAUAUCUCGCAGAUAUUACGCCUCGCCGUCCUCCUCCCCCAAGCACCAACGCCCUCCGUCGGCCGCACCACUCCCUUCCUCUACGACUGAGUCUGCGACUGCAACAACGUCGCUGUCGUCCGACGUGAAUCCCCCUCCUAGUACGCGCCCGGCGGAUCUCAACCUGCCCCCUCGUCUGGCCCCAUCGGCGACGCUCCGUGACAGGUUCUCGCGAUACCUGGCCGUGGGCCGCGCCUACUACACCUUCUACAAGACGGGUCUCAAGAAUGUCUACCACAACUACCGCGCAUCCAUCCCGAUCCGGCGCUCGCUGGGCUUGCCCGUGUAUCUGCCCACGUCUCCUCCGCCGGCGCCCAGCACGGGACCGAAGGGGACGUCCGGCGCCGUGUUCGACGCCGCCGUCGAGACGCUCAAUAUCAGCCGCGCCGAUCUGCAGCUCGUCCGUCGCGCCGCCUACGACGUGCGCCGCAUGAUCCCGUUCACCUUGCUCCUCAUCAUCUGCGGCGAAAUGACACCGCUGGUCGUGCUCGCGCUCGGCAACGCCGUCACGCCCUUCACCUGCCGCGUGCCCCGACAGGUCGACAAGGAGCGCAUGGCGCGGGAGAAGCGGAAACAGCUCGCCUUGCAGGCCGUGCAGGGCGGUCUGGGCUCCGCGACCCCGAUCAGCCCCGGUUCGGAAGAAGAACUAACCUGGCUGGCCGACAACUUCGCCAACAGGGACUUCGCCGCCAGCGCAUCCGCAGAGCAGGUCCUGCGCGCAUGCGCCGUGUUCGGCCUGGCCAAAUCGCACGACCGCCCGGCGUGGCUGGUGCCGUGGCUCUACCGCCCUCGUCUGAAGAAGUACACCGAGUACCUCGCGCUGGACGACCAGCUGAUCGUGCGCGGCGGCGGCGUCAAGGCGCUCAACGCAGAGGAAGUGCGCACAGCCGUCGAAGAGCGCGGCGGAUUCGGCGUGGCAGGGCCCGUCAGUAAUAGUAGCCGGUCAGCAAACGGAUGGAGUGCUGAGCGGGAAGAGAGGCGAUGGCUGGAACGGUGGUUGAAGAGGAGGAAGUAUAUUUGA